AUGACUUACGAUGUGAACAUGGAUCAUGAAGUUACAUUCUCCAUCUACGUGCCUAAGCCUCCGCGUCAUAGGGGUGAUAUACCGAAACCUGCUUCUAUUUCCCUUGGCCCGUACUUUCUACGAAGUGCUACUGGUUUCACUUACUAUCUCGACUUCGGGAAGCCUGGGCCCGGCGGGUAUCAUUGGCGUGUGGAGCUCGACCGCUUCCUCAGAAACACUGGCCUAAUGGAGUCUGACAAGGUCUACCCAUCUGAUCCUAGCCAAGAGUGGGAUCUUACAGUACUAACCUCUACAAGCACUAUCACGACCAACUUCCAAAAGAAAAGGAUCGAGUUCAAGAAGGUCGCACCCCACUAG